CUCGGAUGUUCAAAAUUUUGACAAAUGAUCGUUUGCAGCUUCUGAAUAUGAUGUCGGCGUAGUAGGAAAGCCCCUUCCACGCAAAAUCACCAGGGAAAGAGGUGAACUGAUCAACUUUGAUUCCUGAGCACAAAACCGUCUCUCCAUUCAUCUCCCCAUACCGAUCUUCAACCAGCCUGAACGAUCGAGCGAAAAACAACAUACGAUUAAGAGACAUAUUCUGCUCACCAAUUCCAAACUGCCCUCAAUACUCGUACUUUGACCAUGGACGACCCUGGUGCGUCCAUUGACCUCCAAACGUACACAUACUGCGCCCGGCCAUUUUACUAACCAUUCUGCCUUUGUAGUGGCCGAGAUACCGCAUGUGAUAAGAACGCUGGUCACAGCUCCCUCCGAUGUACAAACCGAGACCAUCAAGUCAUAUUUUACGCCCACCGCAUCGUUCACCCACCCCUUUUGUAGAACCGGGAGUUUCCCAGGUUCGAUAUGGCUCAUCAUCAUGAUUUACCGUUGGUACAAGAUCCUCAGUCCUCAUGUCGACAUUUGGGUUGACAGUGUCGCAUUCGACAAGGAAAAGCUUCUCCUUUACGUUUCCAUGCACCAGGAUUUCAGAAUUUGGGCCGUACCAUUCUACAUUGCUCCAGUCAAAUUGGUCACGGUUUUGCAACUCACAACCGAUCCCACAUCACAACCUCCGGAUGAGUCUGCUCCUCAGGUGAAUGAAAGAGAAAGAUCGAGAUCGAGAUCACCAACCAAAAGACCCAAGAAAGGCAGAGUGGGUCAUGGCAGGAAGAAGAAUAUCAGUUUCCAUGACGGUAAGAGGAAGGAAACUGCCCCAGCCCUCACCACCUCUUCCGAUGCGCUCAAAAUAGCCGGUGACAAUACCAACAACAAAAACGACAACGACGACGGCACAAAGUACUACAUUCAAUCCCAGAACGACCUAUACCAGACGAGCGAAUGGAUCAAGUUCAUACUACCUUGGGGUGUUGGUGUUUUGUUGAUGGUCUUGUGGCAAUUCUGGGCGACGUUCCUAUGUGUCGUGGGGACCAAGGUCGUCGAAACCAUCAUGUGGUUGCCACGGAAGGUGUACUAUUCCGACGUCGAGAUCUUUGAAAAUAACGACAACAAAGCUCUUGGACCAGACUGAGCAGGGAUUGUACGGAGUACAGAGAGUCGAAAGACUGCUGUGAGUCUGGGCGGGCCUGCAAGGAAUAUCUAUUACUCAUGGACUCGAGAUGGCGUUGAAUAAAAAGGGGAUUCUCGUAUGAACGACAUGAUAAUCGUACACAAGGUAUAUAUAGUCUGCUGACUGACUGUGACUGUGGUUGGGACCGAGUAUUGGUGUAUGUUCUUGGACGGCCAAGUAUAAGAUAUUCGGGAAAUCUGUGGCAAGGCUGCGUGCAGUGAUAUUGGGAGGACUUCUCUUCCUGCACAACAAACAAGGACUCUUCUAGAAUAGAUUUCUUUUGGUAUAGAAUUACUGGCUACAUUUCCAACUUUUAUA